CUUCCUUCAAAGGACGACUAGAGACACCCUUUAAAUUUAUAGACAGUCCCGAGGCACCCUUUAAAAUUAUGGACAGUCUUGAGGCACCCUUUAAAAUUAUGGACAGUCUUGAGGCACCCUUUAAAAUCAUGGACAGUCUUGAGGCACCCAUUAAAAUUAUGGACAGUCUCGAGGCACCCUUUAAAAUCAUGGACCGUCUUGAGGCACCCUUUAAAAUCAUGGACAGUCUUGAGGCACUCUUUAAAAUGAUGGACAGUCCUGAGGAACCCUUUAAAAUCAUGGACAGUCUUGAGGCACUCUUUAAAAUGAUGGACAGUCCUGAGGAACCCUUUAAAAUCAUGGACAGUCUUGAGGCACCCUUUAAAAUCAUGGACAGUCUUGAGGCACCUUUAAAAUGGACAGUCCUGAGGAACCCUUUAAACAGCCUUGAGGCACCCUUUAAAAUCAUGGACAGUCUUGAGGCACCCUUUAAAAUCAUGGACAGU